CCUCUCCGAGCGCUGCACGGACGAGAGGAGCCGGCGCAUCCUGGCCGCGCUGUGCCAGGACUACCAGGGUGGCUGGCUCAUGGGAGACCUGUGUGAGGACCUGUGUGUGGCCAGGGAGCUGCUGUACCAGCGCUGUCUGUACUAUGAGCGUGGCAAGAAGGUGCUGCAGGCCCAGUGGCGUGGCCGGCCCGUGGUCCUCAAGUCCAAGAGAGAGGCCUUCUCCAGUUUCCCAGCCCUUGGCCUGUUGGAGGCAGAGACAGGACAGGGAGCCCAGGGUGUGCCUGAGGCGGAGCUCCUCCUGAUGGUGGCUGCAGAGGUCAAGAAUGCCUUAGGCCUGGAGCUGCCCAACAGCAGUAUGGGAUCUUUGUGGCCUGGCCAUUGGGGCCCUGGCUGGAGGAGGCAGCUGGCCAGCGCAUGGUCCCUGCUGCAACAGGAAGAGUACGUGUACUUCAGCCUGCUCCAGGACCUCAGUCGCCAUGUCCUGCCUGUGCUGGGCUCCUGUGGCCACUUCUACGCAGUGGAGUACCUGGCUGCUGGCAGCCCUCGCCACAGUACUCUCUUCCCUCUGGAUGAGGCUGCCCCCCAGGGUGGCCAGGCUCAGGCCAAGGCCAUCAGCCACAUCGCUCUCAGCUUCCUGGACAUGGUGAGCCACUUUGAAAAUGACUUCUCCCACCGCCUCCACCUCUGUGACAUCAAGCCUGAAAAUUUUGCCAUCAGGCGUGACUUUACGGUGGUGGCUAUUGAUGUGGACAUGGCCUUUUUUGAACCUAAAAUGAGGGAGAUCCUUGAGCAAAAUUGCACAGGGGAUGAAGAUUGCAAUUUCUUUGACUGUUUUUCAAAGUGUGACUUGAGAAUAAACCGGUGCGGAGCUCAGCGUGUCAACAGCAACCUGCAGGUCAUCUGCAACAAAAUUUUCCACCACUGGUUCUCCUCAUCUCCCAGGAGCCCAGCCGUGUCCUUCCCUCUGCGGCUGCAGUUACAGCAGGCCGUGCGGGAGUGUGCGGGCUCUGCAGGUCUCAGCGGGAACUCUUGGAGAGCGGCCCCGCAAGUGUUCUGGAAGCUUCGAAGACUCCUCCAGGCCACACUGAGGGAGCUGCAGGACAUGGAGUAGUAGCCAUUCUCCAGCUGGAAACCUGCUUGGGUGGGAAAUGUGACCUUCAAGGGCUUUUCUCUGCAUUUGUUUCAGAUGAGACAUUUUCACCGUGCGAGUGAGUUAUCCCUAAGAUACUGCUGUGUCUUCCGAAGUGCACAGUUCUACUGCUGUGAGAAGUGCUUCUGUGCCACCCAGCUGGUUGCUCUAGUUUGGUCCUGGCUUCUGCCCCAUUCCCCUCUGAAAAAUGAACUGAGGCGGGCCAGAGGCAUUUUACUUUUGGGAGGCUCUCAGAAAACACAAACCCUGAUGUGCAAGACUGCAGAGAAUGCUUUUACCUGGAUACAGAGCAAAAGGAGUCCAGCCCCUCUUUCCUGUACACAAUUACUGCAUUUAAGAAAGUGUGUGUACACACGAAUGGGAGUGCAGUGCAGAUAAAUGUGAGCACAAGAGUACAGUUGUGCACAUAAUGUGUGAAUAUGCAUACGUAUAUGUGUGUGCUCAUGUGAAUGUCCGUGUGUAGGAAAUAAGAGUGUGUGCAUAUGAAUGUGUGCAUACAGGGAUGUUAAUGUGGGCCUGUGUGUAAGUGUGCACAUGACUGUCAGUGACUGCCUGUGUGAUGGUGCUCCUAUGAGGAUGCUGUGAGUGUAUGCACACAGAAACAUGCAUGUGCAUGAGCAUCAGUGUGCCUCUGCAAGUGUGAGGAUAUGCACACGACUGAGUGAAUUAGUGUGCACACAAAUGCAUGAAUAGGUGUGCACAUGGGUGUAAGUGCGUGUGGGCAAGUGAGUAUGUGGGGCAUGUGCAUGUUGGGUUGGGUUUCUGUAGCGUGUGCUCUGGGAAAACCUUGCCUGGCUAUCAAAGAUGAAUUAUGUCUUUCUUUAAAUGCAAUUAAAAAAAAGUUGCACCUUUA